UGCAUCGAGCAACAUGAGCAGCUCCGAGCAGACGGUCGCGACGCCUCGGAUCGUCAACAAUGAAAUCGAUUUCUCCAUUGUCUCUCGCGAUGGAAGAAAAGAGCAUUACCCGCAAGAACUCCAAAAACGUAUUGAUCGCCAAGAUAAGCGAGCUGUCAUCUCCUGUUUGGGCAGAAUUAAAGCUGAUGCCGAGAAUAAUGAGAAUCUGUCAAAGUCGAAGACGACGCUCGACAUUUUGGUGCAUUUAUUGUGCUAUCCCGACCACGAGGUCGUUAAUGCAGCCAUUAGCGUACUCGCUAAUGUUUGCUUGGUCUACGAAGCCAGGUUGAAGGUUGAGAACACAAAAAUUGUACGCAACACAUUGAAAAUUAUAACUGAAAAACCAAAAGGAAAUGAUGUUCUUCUGUGCAGAGCAUGGAGACUUAUAGGAAACUUAUCUGCAUGCAGGUCAUUUGCUCAAGCUUUUAUCACAGCUGGUGCUUUUGAAAUACUAUCUGAUCAGCUUAGCUCUAAAAGUAGUACAGCAUUUAACUUGAUGGCCAUUCGAGCAGUCAGAAACAUAUUAACUUCUUAUAAUGAAAGUCGAUCCAGAUCCAGUAUUCACAAUAUUAUAGCUGCAAUGAAGUCUAUAUUUCUUGCUGCAAGUAAAAAAUUAAAUGAGACUAAAUAUGUGGCUCUUAAUGAUACUUGCAUGAAAACUAUGCUGAUAUUUGCCACUUUGGUAAAGGAUGAUCAUGAAUGUGCAAAGCAUUUGAUUCAAGAUGAUGAUAAUGAUAUUUUAAAAACUAUUCUGCUCCUUUAUGAACAAAAUGAUGAAAUUGCCAUUAAAUGUAUAUAUCAUCUAUCCAAAAUACCAGAGUGUCGAUUAGAGCUAGGCGUCUGCAAUGUUAUAAAAGUGAUCGUUACCACAAUCAACAAUACCAAUGCAAGUCAUCAUUUACUCAGUAAAAUUGUAUCCACAUUAUGUUAUUUCUGUCGUGAUGGUACACAUCGUUAUAAAAUACGAUGUGAAUCUGGUGUUCAUGUAAUGAUGAAUAUUUUGAAAAACAAAGAACAUCAAAGACUUCAUCCUGAAAUUUUACAUGCCCUUACUUUGUUUACUUAUGAUGACGAUAGUCUCUUGGUUAUGGUACAGAAUGGUAUUUUAGACAUUAUAGCAGAGAAACUUUCAAUAAUGGUAGAAGAAUGUAAAAUCACGAGAAAUGAAAGUUCCACAUCUUUAAAGCGUAAAGUAGAGUCUUCAAGUAAUACCAACUAUUUUGAAGCUAAAUGUUACAGAAAAAAUUCUGGAAGAUACAGUUUGGAUUAUCCUCGCGAAGAUUGGAGUCCGAAAAGUUCAAAAAGUGGAUCUUCUUCUCCUCCUCCAUCACCGCCCUCAAGAAUCAUAGAAGAAAUGGAAGAAACAAUGCAUAGUACUGAAGAUGAUUACAGUCCUGUUUGCAGCGAUGCAGAAAUGGACAAUGAUAAUCAAGAAGAAAUUGUUUCCCUCACAGGUUUCUCACCUGCUAUAGUAGAUGAUUCACAAGAUUUGGGGAAAAGCUGUAAAUACGAAUUUAACCGAACAGUCAAUGCUUGUACCUUAUCACUGCUAAAUACUCUAAGUUUUCCAAUUUAUACCGUCGAAAAACUUUCUGAUCCAGCUCUAAUAAAGCCUCUUACUGCAUACAUUAAAUUCACCAAAAACGAAAAAGCUUCAAACAUUCUCAAGAGAAUUGUUGCUAAAGUAGUUUACUUUUUACCUCUCUUGAAACAAGGCUUUGCUCUUGAAGUUGAAAGUCUUCACAAUGCAGAACAAUAUAUAAGCCAAUUAAGGAGUGUAGCCGAGCAAGGUGGUGUAGUAGGUGAGCUGCAAAAUAUUCUACUACGAAGUCAUGAAGAUAGAGCCAUUGUUGUUGUUUCCAUACCAUUUCUUAUAAAAACAAAGACUAUUUUGCGCACUUUAUUAUUGAACGAAACGUAUAGUGGCCUGCGUCUACUUUUUGAUAUAUUGGCUAAUCAAAAUCAUGAUUUGUAUGAAGCAUCAAUCGUAGCGAUAUGUAAGUUAGCAAAUACUUUAAAUUUGAAGCCUGACCCUGCAUUUCAAAAUCGAACAGAUUCUACUACUGAAUCUAUAGCGGGUCGUGAACGUAGUAGUUCAGGAACCUCGACUAUGGUGACUUUUGAACUAGACGAUGGAAGUACAGUGGAAACUUGUCGACAAAUGCUAUGUGAGCAUUCAGAAGUUUUUUCAGCUAUGUUUGAGGGUGGAUUUUCAGAAUCUGGUAAAAGACGUGUAAAACUUAGUGAAACAUCAAAAGAUGGUUUGAAAGUACUUAUUUACGCUAUGACUGGAGGUAGACAUUGUCUCGAUCGGCCUAUCGAGGCACUUCUGGAUGCUGUUUUGUUAGCUGAUCGAUUUCUAAUGUCAGAUAUAUCAGAAAUGUUGGUGGAAGCAUCAUUGAGAAGCCUUGAUUAUUCUCGUUUGUAUCGAGCUUGGAAAUGGUCACGAAAAAAUUGUUGCGAUGAAUUAAAAUUAUUUUGUGUAGAGUCAUUUCUCACAAUGAAUAUGAGUAGUGCGCAGCGUAUUAGUGCAUUUAGAGAAUUCGCAGCUGAUGAGAAUUUUAAUGAAUUUCUGAAAACGGCUCAAGAAUCUAUAACGUUGGUUCGUCACUGGUUUACGGAUGAUGAUGUGAGGGUAUAUGGAUGGUCAUGGGAAAAAGCCAAAUGGAAGAUCGACAAAGUUGUCGGAGAUGUAACAUUUACUGGUCAUUAAGCAUAGAAAUAAUAACGAGUUAUAUAAAUACUAGAACCUGUGAUUUUAUUUAAAUUUUUUUAUAAAAUGAUUGAUACUAUUAGUCUUCAAAAUAUUGUAAUGUACAUAAAAUAAACUAUCUAGUAUAAUAAAUUUCAUUAUGUUCAACACUUUCACGUCAGAUAAAAAUAUU